UAAAAAGUAGGCUAUAAAGUAGAAAUGAGGACCUAUUAUAUGAAGAUUAGGCUAUAGAGUAGAAAAUGAGUACCUUAUAUGAAGAUUAGAAAUCUCCUCUCUCUGGUCUUCCCUUCCGUCAAUUCACCUCGCUCAGCGCAACCUACCGCUGCUCCAACCUCCUUACACAGACUCACUCCACAUUCACACCAUCCACAGACAUGGCUAUGGCUGUCUGUGAUGCUCUGACUUCCAUUGGAAGAAAAGUUGUUGAAUUAUCGGUGGAGCCAGUUGGGCGUCAAUUCGAUUAUGUCUUCUAUCGAGUGAAAUACAGUGAAGAGCUACGAAAGCAAGUUCAAAAUUUGGAGGCUCAGAGAAAAGAUGUGCUCGACUCCAUCGAUGUAGCAAAAAGGAAUAGAGAAGAAAUUCUAGAAAAUGUCAAGAAUUGGAUUGACAAAGUUAAUGGGUUCAUUCUUGAGGCUAAAGAGUUUCUAGAAGGUGGUACCAAUGUGAACCAGAAAUGUUUGAAUGGGUGGUUUCCUGAUUUGGUCACACGACGCCGGCUAGGUAAGGCAGCCAAAAAUAAAACAGAGGAGGCUAAAGAGCUGGGAAAAGAAGGCACAUUCAAUAACAACAUAUCCAAACCUGCACCUCCCUUGGGGAUAGAGUCCAUACCCUCUGAACAGCUCGUGCCUUAUGCUUCUAGAGAUUUGGCAAUGACGAAUGUAAUGGAGGCAUUAAGUGAUGACAAUAUCAACUUCAUUGGAAUACAUGGUAUUGGGGGCGUUGGAAAGACAACUUUGGUAACAGAAAUUGGUAAAAAAGCUAAAUCUGAUAAGUUUUUUGACGAUGCUGUGAUGGCUGUAGUGUCUCAGAACCCAGACAUUAAAAAAAUUCAAGGUCAAAUAGCUAGCUGGUUGGGUUUCACCGAAUUAAAUGAAAAAGAAAAUGAAAUUGAAAGAGCAAGCAUGUUGUGUGCAAGACUCAAUGAUGUGAAGAAGAUCCUUGUUAUAUUGGAUGAUGUUUGGGCCAAACUUAAUUUGGCAAACGUGGGCAUUCCAUUUGGCAAUGAUCACCCGGGUUGCAAAAUCAUAAUCACAACACGGCGUAAGCAAGUGUGUAGAACCAUGGGAAAUGAAUGGGAGAAAACAAAGAUAGUCUGGCUUGAUGUUUUAUCUGAACAAGAUUCAUGGGGCUUAUUCAGAAAGAACAUUGGCGACGUUGUUGCCUCUUCUGCGUUGAAUGAUGUGGCCAGAGAAGUUUGUAAAGAAUGUGGAGGGCUUCCCAUAGCAGUAGUUACGGUUGCAAAGGCAAUGAAAGGUAAAUCUAACCUUGAAGAAUGGAAAAAUGCAGCCCAAGAAUUAAAAAAAUCAGUGCCAACAAACAUUGAAGAUGUUGAUCAACAAGUGUACAAAAGUCUUAGGUUGAGCUAUGAUUACCUGCAAGAUGAGGAAGCCAAGGAUUGCUUCUUGCUUUGUUCUCUGUUUCCUGAGGAUCAUGACAUCGUAGUAGAAGACUUGGUACGAUAUGGGAUGGGGUUGAAAUUAUUCAAAAAUGUUGAUACAGUGCAAGAAACCAGGAGCAGAGCAAAGUUAGUGAUCAACAAUCUCAUAGCUUCCUGUUUAUUAUUAGCUAAUUAUAAACAAGGUUGCAUCAAAAUGCAUGAUGUUGUACGUGAUGUUGCCAUAUUUAUUGGAUCCAAAAAGUAUUUUGUAAGAGCUGGUCGCAAUUUGAAAGAUUGGCCAAAUAUGGAUAGUUUGGAUCAAUACAUUGGCAUAUCGUUAAUCAGAAAUCAAAUCAGUAACCUUCCUGAGGUCUUGGAAUGUCCAAAGCUCCAAAUAUUACUAUUACAAUACAAUAAAAAUGAAUGGUCAUGUUCACAUGAAUUCUUUUCAAGGAUGAAUGCACUUAAUGUUUUAGAUUUGAGCCAACAACUUGACUACGAUUUUGACAAUCCAAUUCGUAGUCCUGAUGCUUUCAAUAACCAAACGUGUCUUCGAACAUUAGUUCUUGAUGGAAUUAAGUUUGGGGACACUAAAUUUCUUGGACAAUUAAAGACGCUUGAAGUCCUUAGCCUCAGGCAUGCCUUCUUUUCUGAGGCACCAAAUGCUAUAAGGGAGUUAACUAAUCUAAGGUUGUUGGACAUGACUGAAAGCCAUCAUGAAUUUCCGAUUCUGGCCGCAAUGGUAUUGCCUUUAUUCCAUUUGGAGGAGUUGUACUUGUUUGGCAUCACAUCUUCGAGUAUCGGAUACCCUGCAGUGGAAGUAGUUGCUGCUCUAAGAUCUUUGCCUCGCCUAAAAAUGCUAACCAUUUCCAUACCUGACAUUGUGUAUAUACCCAAGGACUUUGUUUUUCCUGAGCUGGAAAGUUUUAUUAUUGUUAUUGGAAAAUCGAGAUAUCAGGUUAGAGUUGAAUAUAUUUCCCCAAAUUAUUUGAAAGUUGGAAAUUUGGUUGGAUCCAUGGUUAAUUGGAGUAAAUGGCUAAAGAUGGUGUUGAAGAGAGCUACACGUCUGAGGAUUGAAAGUUGUUCUCAAUUGGAAUACUUGAUCGACACAGAGGAAUGGGGGAUUUCAUCACAGGCACAACCACGUGAUCUGCAAUUGCUCUUCAACCUGGAAGAAUUGGAACUCGAGGAUUUGGAUAGUUUCAAAGGGAUAUGUGCAGCAAGUGCACUUACUACUUCCAGCUGGGAGUGGUUCCCAAAGCUUAGAAGUCUGGUAGUUGACAAAUGUCCUUCACUAUCAACUGUUCUUCUUCCAUUCAAUUUGCUUCAAAGGCUACAACAACAUUUGGAGAUGCUUGUAGUAUUCAAAUGCGAGAAAUUGGAACAAGUAUUUGAUUUUGGUUCUGAAGGAGAAGGCAUGAAGCUGCUUUCUAGUUUGAGCGUUUUAAGUCUAUGGAACUUGCCUAGAUUGAAACAUAUAUUGAACUGCUCCAGUCGUCAACAUGUGCAACUCUGCAACCUAAGAUAUAUGCGUGUCGAAUCAUGUGGCAAACUGAAAUAUGUCUUCCAACUUUCCAUAGCUCAGGCUCUUCAUCAACUUAAACAGCUUUGCGUAAGUGACUGUGAAGAAAUAAAGGAAAUUGUUGCUGCGAAGCAAAACGAAGGGCAACAAGAAAAAGAAGAGAGAGUGGACUACAAGAUGGUGUUCAAAAGUCUCAGAAACCUCAGCCUUGAAGAUCUUCCAAACCUAAGUGGUUUCUGCGCAGGAGGAGACGACUUUCCUUUUGAAUGGCCAUCCUUGGAACAACUCGUAUUGGAUGAGUGCCCCAAAAUGAAGACUUUCGCUGCCACUACUUCCGGCAGCACACCAAAACUAAAGGAAAUUAGAUUGGAUAGAUCCGUGAUACCGCUACAGGGGAUGGACUUGAAUCAGUUUGUGCAAAACCAUAUCAUUUCAAAGCCACCUAAGGUACUUCUCUAUUUUACCACAUUUAACAUAUAUACAUACAUAUAUACUUACAUUAUGAGGCAAUGUUUUUUUUUUUUUUUUCAAAAAAGUAAAUUAAAUUGGGUCCUUGACUAAUAAACUAGUAA